GUCGAUAUCCACCGAGGAGGGUUGGAAGUACCACCUCCUUAUUUAUUCUUACUUCCUCACGUACCCAUCAAUACCAGUUUAUCCCAUCCCCUCUUCUCUUUCUCUCUCUCUAUCUCUUUUUUUAAUCUUUUUCUUUCCUCUUUCUGUUGGAUGUAACACUCCGGUCGCCAUUUACUUUCAGAAAGUGACAGAAUGGGGGUCCUGAAAAAGACGCUGGACAACAACUUCGUCUUUCUAAUACUGGCGGCGUAUCUGGUCCUUUGUGAAGCUCAGCCUCAACCAGGUUUCUGUGUGAUGUAUGAUGAAUGUGGUAAAAACCCAAAUGUAGGAAGCUCUCUGAUCCCUGCAAGAAUACCCUGCAAAAGCUAUCAGAAAGCCAGACUAGUGACAGGCCAAAACUACCAGCUGCUGAAGAAGAAUUGUCCAAUGUUGGACCGAGGUGUUGGUGAAACAUUUGCCUGUUGCACAAGUACUCAGCUGAACGCCCUGGAAGACAGCCUGUCACUAUCCAAAGCUGUGCUACUCCGAUGCCCGUCGUGCGCUUACAAUUUUGCCCACAUACACUGCAUCACCACGUGCAGCCCUGACCAGAGCCAAAUAGUCAACAUCACCAAAACUGUGAACUAUACGAACGCUGGAGUGACGAAAGAUGCUGUGGUUGCGUACCAGGCUUACAUUUCCGCCGGCUUCGCCGAUGCGUCCUUCAGGUCCUGCCAGAACGUGCGAAUUCCAGCAACAGGUGGAUUUGCCAUCGCUACCAUGUGUGGCCGAUACGGUCAUAAGCUGUGCACGCCUCAACGUUGGUUAGAUUUCCAGGGUGACACAAGCAAUGGUCUGGCUCCACUUGAUAUUGAUUUUAGACUCAUAUCACCUGGCGAGACUUCACAGGUACCAGCAGGAAUGGUUCCAUAUGCAGGCUUGGCUAUAGGAUGUAAUGAAACAUCGCCCACUGGUGAAGAAGAGUGCUCUUGCCAGGACUGUCUGGAUUCUUGCCCUCCAAUUCCUCCACCUCCACCUAUACUGGAGAAUUCCUUCAUGGUUGGGGACAUGAACGGUGUCCUUUUCUACUGCAUCAUUGCCUUUAUAGUUUUGUGCCUCCUCAUCUUUGGCUUCAUUAUGGCUAAGUUUUUCUACCAGACCAGGAAAAGUAAGAAGUCAAAAGGGGGCAUGGACAAAAAUGCAAAUGAAGUAGGAAAAAACCAAACAGUGAAUCCUAAAGAUGUGACAUGCUCUGAUCGAGCAAGUCUGGCUGUUCAAAAUUUCCUGGGUUCAGGCUUUCAGACAUGGGGAACAAUCAUGGCUAGGUAUCCGAUGACCGUGAUCAUUGUGUGUCUGGUAGCAGUUGUGGCAUUUUCAAGCGGGCUAAUAAACCUAGAGCUGACCACCGACCCUGUUCAGCUUUGGUCGGCUCCCAACAGCCGUGCUAGACGUGAAAAGGACUUCAAUGACCAGCAUUUUGACCCCUUCUUUCGUACCAACCAGCUGAUUCUGACAGCUCCAGGGAGACCAGGCUAUGAAUAUGACUCCUUGCUGUUUGGCAAAACAAACUUCAGCGGCCUAAUCUCUAAAGACCUAAUUUUGCAACUAUUGGAGCUUCAAGAGAGAAUCCAGGCAAUCGAGUUCUGGUCUGAUGUUCUUAACAAAACUGCCAGCCUUAAGGAUGUGUGCUAUGCACCCCUCAAUCCAGAGAACCCUGCUGUUACCGACUGUGCUAUCAACAGUCUUCCUCAGUACUUCCAAAACAGCCUAGUUAAUCUGAAUGCAAAGGCUAACAUGACACAGCUCGGCGUGACUAAAGAAGUUGACUGGAGAGAUCAUUUAAUCUACUGCGUCAACUCUCCGCUGUCUUUUAAAGACAUCACUGCGCUUGGUAUGAGCUGCAUGUCUGACUAUGGAGGACCUGUGUUUCCUUUCUUGGCUGUAGGAGGAUAUGAAAAUGAAGACUACACAAAUUCUGAAGCCUUCAUCCUCACGUUUUCUCUGAAUAACUAUCCACGUGAACACCCAAAGUUCAAAGUGGUGCAAGAAUGGGAAUUAAGAUUCUUGGAAAUAGUACAAGAGUACCAGAAAGAUCCCAGCACAAACUUUACAUUCGCUUACAUGGCUGAGAGAUCUUUAGAAGAUGAAAUUAACAGAACUACAAUCGAGGACAUCCCCAUUUUUAUGAUCAGCUAUGCGGUCAUUUUUCUGUACAUUGCUGUGGCUUUAGGGGAAUACUCAUCCUUCAAACGCAUUCUGGUGGACUCAAAGUUCCUUGUUGGCCUAGGGGGUAUACUGGUAGUUGGCUGCUCAGUCCUGGCCUCUAUGGGUUUCUAUGCUUGGGUAGGAAUCCCGUCUUCGCUCGUCAUUCUGCAGGUGGUCCCAUUUUUAGUUCUGGCUGUAGGAGCUGACAACAUCUUCAUCUUUGUUCUGGAGUAUCAGAGAGACAUACGCCACCCAGGAGAGAAGCGGGAGGAGCAGAUUGGUCGAGUCCUUGGAAAUGUCGCUCCCAGCAUGCUCCUUUGCAGCAUGUCAGAAUCUGUAUGCUUCUUUCUGGGUGCUUUGAGUACGAUGCCUGCUGUGAGGUCUUUUGCACUCUACGCCGCUUUAGCCGUUCUCAUGGACUUCGUGCUGCAGAUGACUGCGUUCGUGGCACUGCUGUCUCUCGACGCUCGCCGACAAGAUGCAAAUCGCUGUGAAAUAGCUUGCUGUGUCACUGUAAAGAAGCCACGUUCUUCCAAACCCAAUGAGGGAUUUCUUCUCCCUAUAAUGCGGAAAUAUUACGCCCCAGUACUGCUCCACCCCGUCUGCAGGAUCGUAGUGAUUGUGCUGUUUCUCUUCAUGUUCUGUGCCUCCAUUUACCUUAUGUUUAAUGUGAAAGUGGGAUUGGAUCAGGAGCUGGCCAUGCCAACAGACUCAUACAUGUUGACAUACUUUGCCUACCUGUACAAGUAUUUUGAGGUUGGGGUUCCCGUAUAUUUUGUCACGACAAGAGGCUACAACUUCUCAAAUGUUGACGGUAUGAACGGAGUGUGUUCCAGUGUUGGCUGUGAUCAGUUUUCCCUUACCCAGAAGAUCCAGUACGCCACAGCGUAUCCUGAGAGAUCCUACUUGGCUAUCCCAGCAUCCUCCUGGGUAGAUGAUUUCAUAGACUGGUUGAAUCCUCAGUCGCGAUGCUGUCGGCUUUACAGCUUUGGAGCCAACGCAGGGAAUUUCUGUCCAGCUUCUGAGUCUUCCUUAGUGUGUUUGAAAAAGUGUAUGGGCAAUCCGCCCAACGGCGUACUGCGUCCAGACGUCGAAGAGUUCAAUAAAUAUCUCCCAAGCUUCCUCAACAACCGGCCAGACUUACUGUGUCCCAAAGGUGGUUUGGGAGCUUAUGACACAUCCGUGGUCCGGGACAAUGUGACAGGAGAAAUAUUAGCAUCUCGGUUCAUGGCGUAUCACAUUCCUCUCACUAACUCACAGGAGUUUACAGCAGCUCUGCUCAAAGCGAGAGAACUCGCCCACAACAUCACUAUGACAAUGAGAAAUCUGACAGACACGGCGCCUGACUUCGAGGUCUUCCCCUAUUCCAUAACGUACGUGUACUACGAACAGUACACUAGCAUCGUAUAUGAAGGCCUGGUGAACCUCGCGCUCUGUUUGUUACCUACCUUCGUGGUGUGCUGCAUCCUGCUCGGCAUGGACUUGUGCUCAGGCCUCCUCAACCUCCUCACCAUAGUGAUGAUCACCGUGGAUACAGUGGGUGUCAUGACGCUGUGGAGCAUCGACUACAAUGCCGUCUCGCUAAUCAACCUCGUCACGGCUGUGGGGAUUUCAGUGGAGUUUGUAUCUCAUAUAACACGGUCCUUUGCUCUGAGCACUUUACCCACUAAAGUAGAGAGAGCCAAAGAUGCUACAGCUAGGAUGGGCAGCGCGGUGUUCGCGGGCGUCGCUAUGACCAACCUGCCUGGAAUCAUUGUGCUGGCGUUUGCUAAAGCUCAGCUCAUUCAGAUCUUCUUCUUCCGGCUGAAUCUAGUCAUCACGCUAUUGGGGAUGGCACAUGGCCUCAUCUUCCUGCCUGUACUGCUCAGCUUCUUUGGUCCGUCUGUAAACAAGGCCUUGCUGCUGGAGCUGCAGAACAAAAAAGCCAUAGAGUUAGUGCAGUGCGACAAAGCAGUUUACGACAACGGCGGCUUUGAAAGGACCGAGAAUCACGUCAGUUCUGAGCCCGACUAUGCCACGACGCAGCCUGACACCGCUCCGCCAGCACCGGAAACGCAGGAGCAGGAAAUGACACCAGAACCGAGCACAAGCUACAAGUUUUAACAGUCAUAGGAUGACCUUCCUGUUCUGCUGCUCUUCCUCCUGCUUCCAGAUCGUUAGCAGAGAGAGAAAAGGAUGGUUUGUUAACUUACAGGACUCUGUCAGUAUACACACUAGUGCAAUAUAAGGGUCAGGAGUACUGCUUUAUACGGAUAAAGCUUUUUUUUCACAUGAUUUAACUGCUCUAACAUACAUUUUCUAAGCAGAAAUGUUGGGCUAGGAAAGAGUAAUAUCGCUUCAAUUUCCACAUCACGCCACCUGCCGGAACAUAUAUUAUUAUUUUUAUAUAUUAAUUUGUAAAUGAAUAAUGAAAAGUAGUCACAGACAAGAUGCAUCAGAUGCUUACAUUUGCACACACAGAUGUAAAGAAGUUGGAGGUCUUUGGGCAAUUACAAUUAACAGCUAGUCAAAUGCAGCUGCUAAUUGUUAGCGUUUGCUAAUAAACACUAGUAGCUAUGGACCUUAAAGGAUUAAAAAAUAGAUUUUGUGAAGGCUACAAUCAUUAAAUGGAGCUUUUAAUAACACUAUUCUGCUAUGUGGUUUAUAAAACAAAUCACAUGCUACUUGACUUGAUGUGAUAUUUACAGAUAUAUAGAUGUUAGAUAGAUAGAAACAUAAAAUUUAGCUAAGAGCAGAUGGUGCUAGUUCAUUAACUAGACGGAAACAUAGAUACACUUGCAAUGCUAACAAAGCUAUACUUAAAUGAACAUGCUAAUCAUUUUGUUAGCAAUGCUAGUGCUUCUAUUUUCCAUAUCUUUCACCUAAGCACUGAGACGAAGCAUCGACUUUUUAACUUUUCGAUAUUUUUAACUUGUGAUCUACACGAUGUAAGAAUUACUCGUUUUAUUUGUCGUACAUAGAUGCUAAUUUUUUUUUUUAGAUUGCAAGAGGUGCACUAACAUCUCUAACAAAACUAUGACAUAAACUAACUAGCUUAUAGGUUUACUAGCUAUACUUGUGCAUCAGCUAACCACCGAAGCAAAGCAUUUCAUUUUUUCACAUUUCAAUAGUUUUAGACCAUACAGCAACUUUUGUCAAGGUUAAAAAGAUGGCUGCAAAGUUAGCCUUUAUACCGUUAGCCACUUAGCACACAUCUAAUUUAGCUGCUGUAGGAAAUGACAUGAGCAGCAGUUUGGAAUUUAAGCAUAUUUCAGAAUUUCACAUAAAAACACAUUUUGGCUCUGAGGAAGCUAAUCAACUAGCUUAGCUAAAACUACUAACAACUACCUCGGCAGAUUUCUCCACGAACACAGAGUGAGAUAUUGAAUAUAUCUAGGUUUUAUUCACAUAACUCACCAAGAUAUAUUCUGCUUAUUAAAGAACAUAUUUGUUAGAGCAGGACAAACAAACUGUCACCUCUAAGAGCCUUAACGUAGGCUUGUUAACCUCGUCUUGUAUGUUGACUCUUGCCUUCUCUUCUCAGCCUGCACUCGCACUUCAUUAUAGUCGUGGAAGCUUGAGAGAGAAAUUACUUCUUCUUCUUCUUCUUUUUUUUUUUUUUAAACAUUUUAUCUUUUGUUCGUUGUACUGUAUUUUACGUCACUCCAUGACAUUUGCAUAUAAUGUUUUUUUUUCCUUCUUCUUCUUUUUUUCCCCCUAAAACACUACUGCUACCAUACACUCCAUGGAAUUGAGCCUGCUGUUUGUGUCAUGGAAUAGAUUAUCUUGAUGAGAAAUGCACUCUGGUUAUUUGUGUCUCUGUGUAUGUGAGUGCAAAACAGUCAAACUGCUGAUAGUCGUUAAGACAGAGAUCUAAUAAAAGACGUAACAGGACCGGA